AUCUCCCCAGAAUAGAGAGUAUAUCCGGGGAGCUUCCUCCUCCCCCUGCCAGUUUAUUUCAAGUGGUGGUAGGGGGUCAUCUUCCAGGUGUAAUUAUGAGAGAUCGUUUGGGGGAAAGAGUAUGGCAAGAGCGUGAGAAAUAAAAUAUGGAUUGUUAUUUUUAAAUUUAAAGAUUUAGAAACUUGCUGCUUUGGGAUUUUCUGCAUCUGAGGAUCUUCAUCUGUAAAGUGGGAUUAAGGCUUCUGCCUUCUUCAUUAAGAGCAGAAUCUAGACUGGCUUUUUUUAAGGUUGCCGUUUCUGACUGUUCCGAAGCUGUUCCUAGAGACCUAUACAGUCUCCAGCCAUUCAGAGCUCCAAGAUUGCUUUCUAGAUGGAUGUGGAUUCCGGGAGACCUCAGGUCAACACUGUAGGAUUGACAGCCCUACUUAGUUAAACACCCUCAAACCAUCCUUUGCCGGUCUUGGCAGCCGUGACUGAGAAGCAGACCUUUCAUCCUGAUCUUCUGCAAAAAAAACCCUCUCCCUGAAAGCCCUGGACUUUCCUGUUCCCUCUCACCUUUAUUAUUACUGCAUCCUUUCAGAUCCAAUAACAAGAUUGUGUUGGAGCUGAAACAGGGAUGCUAGACUUAAGUUAAUGUCUCCAGUUUUGAAAAAAAUUCCUGGCCAUACAGAUGCCUUUUACCUGAAUCUUCUGCUGUCCAAUUUUAACAAGAUGAUUUCUGGUAUUAUGGACAGAACUGAUUCCUACUUCUUUGGCUCGUCCCUGAUCCAUCACUGGAUGUGGCUGUCCCAGGGUGCUCCAUAGGCUCCAGCACCAGCUCCCCGAUCGAUCAGUUCUUCAGCUCCAGCUCCAGUGUGCUAGCCGUGACCAUGGCAGCAAGGAGGAAUACUCUCUCGCUGGGAGCCAAAAUUGGCAUCCUGAACCAAAUAAGACAGUUGCCUCGAAUGAGCCACCGGGAUCUUGCCAAGCAUCUGGGUCUCCCCAAGUCGACCGUCUCGGAUCUUCUCCGGAAGCAGAACCAGCUUUGGGACGAGUGGCAACAGAAUGCCAACCCAGAGCGCAAGCGGAAGAGGAAAGGCAAAGAUGCUGAUGUUGAGGAUGCACUGCUGCGCUGGUUCGAAGCCGCCAGGGCCUCCGAUGUGCUCAUCAGCGGCCCCGUGCUCGCUCAGAAAGCCCGGCAGAUUGCUGAGGCUUUGGGGCGGCCGGAGUUCAAUCCCAGCGACGGGUGGCUGCAGCGCUGGAAGUGGCGGAACAACAUCAGCUUCCGGAAAGGAAGUGCCGAGAAAUUGCCCCAGGUAGAGGCCCAUGCCAACAUCUACCACUUCAGAGUCCCCGAAUUUGCCCCCCAUUUGAAGGAAACCGCUGAUGCAGGAGGUAUGGUAAACAAAGUGCCUGUGGAUCAUUUUCAUGGGGAACAGAUGGAUGAUGGGGGCGUCCAGGGAAAAGAGAACCUCCACGUUUCUCCUGGCAGGGUCAAGUCGAAUGUUCUGGCAGCAAAUUCUUCAACGGAACCAAGUGGAGGAAUUUAUUCCAAGUGGCAAACACCAGAAAAGUUGCACAAUCCUUUGGCCUCCCUGAAAGAAGAGGAAGAGAGGAGAGAAUCUGCCGAGGAGCAGAAGUGUGAUGAACUGCUGAGGCGGGCGGACUCCGAGCGGCAAAAGAUCAUCUGGGAGUGGGAGGGGCUGCGCCGCUUCCUGGAGGAGCAAGAGCAGGUUCUGCUGAGCGGGCUGAAGGAGCUGGACAGAGACAUCGUCCAGAAGAGCAGCAGGAGCUGGUGCAAAAGCUCUGGGGAGGUUUCUCCAAGACAAGCCCAUCAGAAGCCCCAAAGAUCCUUCUCGUCUCAGGGCAUCGAUGGCGGUAGCAUCGGUGAGGCAGAGGUAACAUUUCCAAGCUUCGAACCAGGUUUUGUGCAGCUGGAGCUAAGACUCGGCAAUUUCUCUGAGAAAAGGGCCAUCCUUCAGGAAGUGCUUCUGGAAUUCAAAGAGACUCUGCAGCUGGAAAUGGACAACAGUUCAGGCUGCAGAGUGACAUCUGGCCCAUGUUCCAACUCAUCCCCUCCUCCAAAAGAACCGGGGAGAGAGAGAUCUGUUAUACCACCACUUCAGGGCCCCAUGGUCUUUGAGGACGUGGCUCUCUAUUUCACGGAGAAGGAGUGGGUGCUCCUUGACCCUCCCCAGCAGGCCUUGUACAGGAAUGUUUUGCAGGAGACUUAUGAGAAUGUCACCUCUCUGGCUCUUGCCAUCAGCAAGCCAGAAGUGGUAUCCCGGCUGGAACAUGGAGAAGAUCUGUACAUGCCUGAUCCACCAGACUAUGGAGAGACAGACAGGCACCAAAGAUCUUUUGCAGCUGGGGAAGGCUGCACAAGUGAGAAUGAGAAAGAGAAUUCUCAUUUGGGACAUUCCAAGUUAGCGGAUUCCAGUGGAACACUGUUAGAAAUAUCCAGUGAGUUCUGUCCACAGCCUCCUAGCCAAGAAGGAGUUUCCAAGGGUUGUCAAAAUACAGGAAAACAGCAAGGCACUUGCAUCCUGGAGACACUGGAAGAGUCUGCUUCGCCUCCAGAAGGUGACAAGAAUCCUGGCAAUGUGACAAACCCGCAGAUGAUCUGCAGGGACCGAAAACAGAAGGCUUGUAAUGUGUGUGGGAAGAUCUUCCGACGGAGCUCUGAGCUCAUUGUCCACGAGAGAACUCACACGGGAGAAAAACCAUACACGUGUUUGGUCUGCAGCAAGUGUUUCAUCCGGAGCUCGGACCUCAUUGUCCACGAGCGAAUCCACACGGGAGAGAGGCCCUACAGGUGCUCGGUUUGUGGGAAAACCUUCAGCCAGAUCUCAAGUCUCACGGUCCAUGAGAGGACCCAUACGGGGGAGAAGCCCUACAAGUGCACCAGUUGUGGGAAACACUUCAGCCAGAUCUCCAACAGGAUUGUCCACGAAAGGACUCACACUGGGGAGAAACCCCAUCAGUGCCUGGAUUGUGGGAAAAGCUUCAACAGGCGCUCAGCCCUCAUAAUCCACCAUAACGUCCAUGCUGGUGGGAAGCUAUACAAAUGUUCAGCCUGCGGGGAGAGCUUCUGUGAGAAGGCGGAUCUUUCUGUACAUCAGAGAACACACACAGUGGAGACACUAUUUAUCUGCACAGACUGUGGGAACACUUUCAGUUGGACCUCACCUCUCAGGAUAAAUGGGAAAACCCGAACAGAUUAUAAACCCCAUAAAUGCUUGAACUGUGAGAAAUCUGACAUUACAAAUACGGUUCCCUCUCAGUUACUGGACACCGCUCAGAGCAGAGAAAUGGUGUCAAUUCUUGGAUAAAUCAGGGAUGGUUGGGGAGGAGGUUGGUUGGCUUCUAUUAAAAAUGAUCUCCCUUUGAAUCAUUCAUACCAGGGCUGCAGCAUUUAAUGUACAACUUUGGCCCUCCAGCUGUUUUUGGACUACAGUUCCCACCAUCCUCAGUGGCCAGUAGUGGGCAAUUAUGGAAAAUGUAGUCCAACAUCUGCAGGAGGGCCAAAGUUGUGCAGCCCUGAUUAACUGAUGAAUGCAUUAGAUUGAUUUUUUUAUUUAUUUGAGCAACCAAAAAGCUGGCCCAAUUAAGCAGGGUUAAAAAUGUUAAAUUACUUUUAAUACAAGAGAACUUUUACAGAUGCCAAGCAUCGUGUUAAGAGAGAUAUUGCUCCUUUUCUGCCACACGGAAGGGAAUGCCUCUUCCAGCAUGAUGCCUCUCCUGUGUCACAUGUGUGUACCAUCUCAAAACAAAAAAAGGGUUCAUUUUGCUCCAGAACUAUAGUUUUUACAAAAAUAUAUACAAAUGUAUUAGAUAGAGCAAUCGACUGAAAGUCAGCCCUGGUUUGUGCACAAUCUUCGGACCCUGUUAAAGCCUGACUCUGCACGAUGUCCCGCAGCCUCCUGCUCAUGUGAGUGUCUCCUUCUGAUUAAAGUUAAAAUAAACCAAGAUGUCAGUCAUGACAUCCAAAUCAACUUACCUCACUUUACUCUAACCUACUUCCUUGAAAUAAACCAUAAUCUGAAACCAAAGUUCAAAGUGAGUAACAGAUCGUGGUUUAUUUCAAGCCAGUAGGUUAGAAUAAACCAAGAUCGGUGGGUUCAGAUGGCAUGACUGAUCUUGGUUUAUUUUAACCUGAAUCAAAAAUGGGUCUUGGCCCCUGUCAGAUGCAAAGUGGAUCCAAGUUUUAUUUUAACUGAGCUUCUAAAAAGAAGCAGAGGUUUGUUCCACAGAUGAUCAGGAACAGUGCAGCUUGUUUUGGCUGCCGGUGAUUUGUUUGGUCCCUCCCUUUCUCCAGCCCUCUCAGAUGCAAUUCCAGAGUUCCAAGUCUGACCAACACCUGGUGGUGCUUGGCCCUGUCACUCCCUCCCUCACCACCAGUUGCCGGCUUGUGUGGGCAUGGAAAAACUGCACAAACCACUUCGGCCUCUUUUUGCCUAUCCUUGGCUGAUCUCAGAAGUCAGGUUAGGAGGAACAUAUGAAGCUGCCAUUUACUGAGUCAGACCACUGGUCCAUCUAGCUCAGUAUUGUCUACACAGACUGGCAGCGGUUUCUCCAAGGUUGCAGGCAGGAAUCUCUCUCAGCCCUGUCUUGGAGAUGCUGCCAGGGAGGGAACUUGAAACCUAGAUGCUCUUCCCAGAGCGGCUCCAUCCCCUGAGGGGAAUAUCUCACAGUGCUGACAUGUGGAAUUCUCUGCCACGAGAUGUGGUGACAGCCAACAACCUGGAUGGCUUUAAGAGGGCUUUGGAUAACUUCAUGGAGGAGAGGUCUAUCAAUGGCUACUAGUCGGAGGGCUACAGGCCAACUCCAGAUUCAAAGGCAGGAGGCCUCUGAGUACCAGUUGUGGGGGAGUAACAGCAGGAGAGAGGGCAUGCCCUCAACUCCUGCCUGUGGCUUCCAGCAGCAUCUGAUGGGCCACUAUGCGAAAGAGGAUGCUGGACUAGAUGGGCCUUGGGCCUGAUCCAGCAGGGCUGUUCUUAUGUUCUUAUGUGGUCUCCCAUUCAAAUGCAACCAGGGUGCGCCCUGCUUAUCUAAGGGGACAAGUCAUGCUUGCUACCACAAGACCAGCUCUCUUCCCUGAAGAGAGGAGUGUUGAUGCUUGUGCUUCUCAAACCUUUGCUUUCAGCAAGUUAGACGAAAAGGACGCUGGCCCAUGGUACCAAACAACACAGAAAUCCGCUAGCGGGUUGUUUUCAGCUCCUGUAGUCACCCUGCCCCCCCCGACCCCCCGAAAUGCCUAGCCAAUGUCUGCAUCCGGUAUGCAACAGUAUAGAACUAGGCGACCCCACUCAGAGCAUCUGUGCACUCUUUGGGGCCGGCUACCUCUUCUCCCCCCACCCCACACUUCUGCCCCAGUCUCUGGCCGGUGACCACUUCUCCUGGGUGCGCCUCAGCCAAUCAGGCGCCUCCGCCGCCCAGUCAAUCAGCUGGGUGCCAGGACGCGCAUUCCAAGGCUCACCCAGGAGAAUUAAAUAUAUAGAUGACUGUUGUGGACCUCUUAUGAUAGCGGUGAUGUCACUGGUCACUAGGCAGGUUUCACCUGAGCGUGUCCAGCAGAGAAGCCAUGGAGAGCGAGGCAUUACUUGGCUGCUUCUCAGCCACUCUGCGCCGGCGUGUCUGUGGGCAGAGGUGAAGCUCUUGCUAAGAGACGAGAAUAAACCACCAGGGUUGGUUUGGAUGUAACGCAAUGGCAAACUGAAGCACAGUUAAGAAAAACAAGCCAACUACAAACUUUGGGUACAAAGAUUGGUUUGUUGGGUCAGACUGAAUCUCAGUUGAAUUUCAGAGGUGCUUUCAGAGGAAAAAAACAAAGCAGGAAUGAUGAAAUUCAACCGAGCUUUCACAUGGCAUCUGAAAGCGCCCGUUCACAUGGGUGUGUGUGGGGGGCUGAUCUGAGGCUUGGGGAUGUCGCCUGAAGCCAGCCUUUAAGCAAGGUUCUACGUGAUGUCUGAAUGAGUGUCUUUCUCCUUGCAUCUUGUUUGGUUGCCCAAAGGUUAUUUUUCAACUCAGAAUCGUGCAGCAUCUCCCCGAUUUGAGGAUCAAAAGUGUGGCGUCUGGAAGAAGUCUAAGUGAGCUCUGUCCAUGCACAAUUUUCCCACCGUCGUUCAUGCAUUCCAGUCUUUCUCUACCUGUGGGCCUUCAGCCAUUUGUGAGUUCUGGAGCAGUAGUUCUUCUGUAGAUUUGGACACCCUCCUGCUUCCCCAAUACCUGACUUCUUUUUCUCCAGUGAAGGAAGGAUCUGAGCUGUUUGGACUCUGUAGUAUGCUGUUCUUUUUGCACCUGCUCUCAGAAUAAAGCUCGUAACUCCUUUCUUCCUC